AUGCGAAAGUUGUCUGAAAAAGUUACAACAGAUGCAGAAAUUAGUUGUUCACUUGAACGAGCUCUUAAUGCUCGAGGACAAAACUUGGAAAAUACUGAAAAAAUUAUCGAUUAUCUCAAUAACUUGUGCACUAUGCUUGCUAAUAUUGCUAAGUAUGUGUUAUGGGAAGCAAGUUCGGUCCGCGCAAUUACAUAUCGCAUCUUACGGAAAGCCUCUAAGCUACCGAAUGACUUGUCAGUAUUGCUAAAUAUGCAUAUGGAUUGCUUUGCAAUAAGAUCUCUAGAGUUGGGCACUAACAACUCCGAAGAGCGCAUUGAGGCUUUAAAAUUAUGUACAGUGAUGUUAGGUUAUAUGAACGAGGAGACAAAAAGCUCAGAUAAUGGAAUGAAGAAAAUUUUUUCGAGUGCCAUUUUUCCAGAAAAUGUUUGCCGUGCGUUAAUCUCGAUUGCCAAUUGUUUCUUCUCAAUUCGACAUGAUAGUGCGAAAAUUGAAAAAAAAGAAGAUGAAUUAGCAUUUUCAUGUUUCGCUGUGAUACUUGAACAGGCUAUCGUUACUCCAGAUCUCAUUUUGAAUUCUGUUGAUACAGGCUGGAUUGUAGAACUUUGUACGAAUGCUGUAUUUAGUGACCGUUUAUCCACUUUUGUUUGUCGGAUUUUGUGUAUGUGGCUCGAUUCACCACGACUGAGAAUGCAAGCUAAAUUAAGAUUGGUCUUAAAUAGGAUUUUUGCUUCGAUAGUUGAAGUCGAACUUUUUGAACGAAAGGAACCAAUACAUUUGGAGCAGCACGGGCUGUCAAGUGACUCCUUCCAAUUGGAAAACUUUUCACAGAUAUUUUUAAAUCUCUUACGCACUUGGGCUGGUCUUUUUGCAUGUUCAGCGUUGGAUGAUCAGAAAACAUCGGUUAUUCCCGUAUUAUGUUUUUUGGAUUACAUAGGAUUAAAUCGACCUGCGCAUGCGAAUAGCUGCAAAAUCCAUAAUUUAAUCGUUGAAUGUUGUUGUGAAAUUUUAGAACUUCCAUAUUCCAAAACGAGAUUCACUGAUUGGUCUCAUACAACGCAUUUCUACUCAACAAUGUAUCAUCCGGAUGCCUACAAAUGUUCUGUACGCAAUGAAUUUAUUUUGUCAGAGCAUGAAAUAUUACUGAAAUUCGACCAACAACAUGCAAAUGUUAACGACUUAUUAGUAUCAUUCCGUUCAGUUGUUGUUUACUUGCUUGUCAAUGCCAAUCUCGUCCAGGCUUUAUCACGAAUCAUACUGCAAGAUCCGGAUGAUCCAGUAGCACUUAGGGCGACCGUUUUGAUGCAUGAUCUUUUACUCAUGAGUUCGACUUGUUUACCGAUGGAAUGGAGACAUCGAGUUUUGAGUUUGUCAACACUUGUUCAUAGUGCUUAUGAAAUAAUUAGUGAAUCGCAUGUUUCAAAAAGAUGUUCUUUGAAUGAUAAUGAUUAUGGAAUAGAAAAAUUCAUUUUUACACAUGCUGACCGAAGGAAUGUUAUCAUUCUGCUCAAUCGUUUGAAGAUUUUGAACAGCAUAGCAUUAGCACAGAAAACGCAACCACUUCCAAUUACCAAUCUCCAGCUUUUCGUACAAAGUAGUCCAACUGCGACAAAAUUGCGUAAAGCGAAGUUGUCUGAAAUGAACUUUGAUUAUGGAGAUGGAGAUGCCAAUUAUGUCGAGAUUGUACUGGAGAAAUUGCUGUUCAAAACUGCGGAAUCUGACAGAAGGCCUUGUUGGCCCGUUGUUGAUAGACUGUUCCAGCUUCUUCAGAUUUACUAUUGUUGCAAAGAUAUACCUAUCAAAUAUUCUAGAAAGUGUUACAGUAUUUUCACAAUGGUAUUCAAUUUUAUCACUCCAGCAAAAGGCUCGUUGAUUAACUUUGAUGGCGAUCGUUUCGUUAUCAUAUGUUGUUGUCGGGCGGUACAUAUUUCACUCUUGUUUGCUACACGAGAAGCGCAAUACAAAGAACUAUUAAUAAAUUUUAUUAGUGACUUUAUGUCGAAUAUAUCGGCGGAUGCAUUGUUCACUGGGCCAUUGUCUCCUAAGAAUUUGGUGAAUACAGGGGCGAUAUAUUAUUUUUCAUUUAUUGGUGCCAUAUCUUCAAACAAGGAAGGAAGGCAGAUGCUAGAAGCUACGCCAUUGUUACAAAUUUCAAACUUAACUUCUUACGUGAGUUAUCUUCUACCUACUGUAGAAUUAAUAAUUUGUCGUCUCACAUUUUUGUUACUAAUAGCUCAUUUAAAUAUUGCUGGAUAUGAGUUGCUGUUUUAG